CCAACCACAUUUUCCCCCUUUUUAUUUAAAAACUCCACACACAUUUUCAAGAUCCAUCUAAACCCAACUUCUUUCUUCACUUCAAACAUCCAAAAACUUCAAUCAAUUUCUCUCAAUUUGACAAUUUUGCAUACCCAUUUGAUCAAUCUUUCAAAUUCCCACAAAAUCACUCAACAAUUUUACACAAUUUGAUGACGUCAUCUUCAAUUUUUGCUUCAAAUGGGAUGGUGUUAGCGACGGCGAUGGCGGCCGUCUCCGGCACCGUCAUCCUUCUCGCCUUCCGCCGCCAGAAACCACCCUCCACCGCCGCUGCUUCCGUCGCCGGAUCUGCCAAAUUCUCCUCCACCCACCAGCCAAGACCUUGUAUCUCUAUAGAUGGGAAGAAGAAGAAGGUGAAAAAGAGAAAGAAGGUUCACUUUGCAGAAGAUGUGAUGGAGCCAAGUGGAAGUGGAGAGGAGUUUAGAAAGAGACUUGAAAGAAAGAGUUUUCAAAAGUUGAGGGUUAGUUCGUCAUUGUUUAAAGAUGAAGGUGGUAAAAGGAAAAUUAAUAUGCCGGCCAAUAGAAUUGCUCUUUACACUGGAAUUCUCAGGGAUCGAAGUGUUCAUCGGUUUGCUUAUGCAUGACUUGUUUUCUUUUAAAUUUAGUCCAUAUUUUUAGUUAAUUUUACAGUUUUUGUCCCUUUUCUUUUAAAAGAGUUAAAAGGCACCUUUGUAGUAUUGUAGCUAUUGUUGUUGGUGUGGUACUUUUUUGUACAAAUUGAAAAGGGACACAAAGGUAUUGUAUAAAAGUGAUUGAAUUUCAACUUUUUUCUUGGAAUUGAUGGUUAUAUACGUGCCCUUUCAAGAA